CGGAGCUGCCUGGCGGCGGGAGAAGUCGCGCCCAGCCGAGGCACGCGUGUCUGCGCUCGCACGGUCAUGGAAGCGCCGCCGCUGCAGGCCGCGCCGACUCCGCUCCCCGGGCGGAGCCGAAGGCUGCUCCUGCUGCCGCUGCUGCUGUUCCUGCUGCGGGCCGGGGCGCUGCGGGGCUCGGAGGCAGACGGGAAACCCCGAACCCGGGAAGCGGAGUGCCACUUCUACGCGGGUGGACAAGUGUACCCGGGGGAAGCGUCCCGGGUUUCGGUCGCCGACCACUCCCUGCACCUUAGCAAAGCCAAGAUUUCUAAGCCAGCACCCUAUUGGGAAGGAACAGCUGUGAUGAAUGGAGAAUUUAAGGAGCUCAAAUUAAGUGAUUACCGUGGGAAAUACCUGGUUUUCUUCUUCUACCCACUUGAUUUCACUUUUGUGUGUCCAACUGAAAUCAUUGCCUUCAGUGAUAGAAUUGAAGAAUUCAGAUCCAUAAACGCAGAAGUGGUAGCAUGCUCCAUUGACUCACAAUUCACCCACUUGGCCUGGAUUAAUACUCCUCGCAAACAAGGAGGACUUGGGUCACUGAAGAUCCCACUUCUUUCAGACUUGACCCAUCAGAUCUCAAAAGACUAUGGCGUAUAUCUGGAAGACUCCGGUCACACUCUUAGGGGCCUCUUCAUUAUUGACGACAAAGGAGUCCUGAGACAGAUUACUCUGAAUGACCUUCCUGUUGGUAGGUCAGUGGAUGAGACGCUGCGCUUGGUCCAAGCAUUCCAGUACACCGACAAGCAUGGGGAAGUCUGCCCCGCUGGUUGGAAGCCCGGUAGUGAAACAAUAAUCCCGGAUCCAGCUGGAAAACUGAAGUAUUUCGAUAAACUGAACUGAGAAAUACUUCCAGACUUCAGGUUGUAAUGCUUGAAACGUCUCAAUAAACAAGGUGCACCACUUCAUUACCA